ACCGAGGCUUCUGCGCUCGGGUUCGGCUCCCUGGUUGCCUGUGUGUUUGCUUUUCUAAGAGUCGGGUUUACGUGUUUGUCUAACGCCGGUUCGGAUUUCAAAAGGGAAAACUGAUUGUUCUGGUUCUUUUUACCGUAGGCGGUUUGGAUUGCAGAGGGAGCCCUGGAUGUUUGCAGCCUUUUGCUUCAGCUGGUAGGGAGGAAAAAAGGUGGAAACCGACCUGCAGCAGUUGCUUCUGUGGAAGGGGAGAAAUACCGGACGCUGUUCUGGGAUUAUUUUGUCCGAGUGCUUCGUCCUGAAAGGGCUUCUGAAACAAUCAGUAGGCAUCUGAGAAGUGAAUCGGAAGUUUGGAGCCGUGAGCUUUUUUCUUUCUAGCGGUGCCGAGCACCUCACCCGUGGAUGCUUUUGUCCGCAUGGCAUGGAUACACGGCUGAAUUUAUCAAGUUCUGAACACUGCAGCUGCCAAAAUAAAGUACUUUCUUGCUUUUAAAUACUUUAUCUUCUAGGCAACAUUCUGUCUGAGUCACAGGCGUAACCGGUUUUGUUAACUGGCUCCAGGUUAAAUGCAGCCUGAGUCACUGUGUAGACAUUGCUGAAAAGUUUCAUGCCAGGUAUUUUUUGCCUUACCUUAUUUUUUAGAUUUUCUGACAUAGCCUUCUGUCAUUUUGCAGAGAGACCUAUUUUCUAAAUGAAGACUCUAAUAGACGUUUGUUUAUCAUUUUUUCUUUUGUAUUUUAUUUAAUAUUUUUGUUGAAAAAUGUUGUUGCCAAUAAGCAGUACGGAGGUGUCCAGAUAGCUGUUGUUUACAAAUGCCUCUGUUACCCGAAGCUAGGAAAUGUUCCACAGUUCAGAUGUGAGAUUUGGAUUUUUGGCUUCACAGUUCGUGGCGUAAAAAGUGUAUUUAUUUCACCUGGAGCUGAUGCUUCUUAUAUGUAUAUGGAAUAGACAAGAGAAGAAGCUGUCAGAGAAAAAAAAAGCUUUUUAAGACAGAGAGUUGGCAAAUUUUGGAAAUAGCCUUGUGGAAUCUGUAAGCAAAAAGGAUGGGUGGCUGAUUUCUGUGAGGUCAAAUUUAUGUCAAACAGCUACGAAUGUAGUAUCAACAAGAACUUGGGAUAUUAUCUCAAGGAAGACAAACUGGAAAAAUACAAAUCACGCAGUACUAACACCUUGUGCGGUCCUCUUGGAUUAGGUUUGCAUUCAGCUGAAUUGCUACUGCCUCAAAGAAAAUUAAGAUGGACAGAACAACUUAAUUCAAAAGGACUUGCCAUGAGGUGCUGAAGCCUUGUUUCUUUGAUUUGGAGAGACCGGACCUAAAUGGCGCAGCAUGACUUUGCUCCAGCCUGGCUUAAUUUUCCAACUCCACCAUCAUCAACAAAGUCAUCACUGAACUUUGAGAAACAUUCUGAAAAUUUUUCGUGGACAGAGAAUCGUUAUGAAGCAAAUCGCAGAAGACACAACUCUUCAGAUGGGUUUGAUCCUAACAUUGGACGGCCUAAUGGAGGUCAUUUUGGGAGAAAAGAGAAGAAUGGUUGGCGUUCACAAGGCAGAAAUGGUACAGAAAAUAUAAACCAUCGUGGGGGAUACCAUGGCGGAAGUUCCCGUGCUCGUACCAGCACUUUCCACUGUGGAAAAGGUCAAGGACUGCACGAAAACAAUGUACCUGAUAAUGAAACUGGGAAAAAGGAAGACAAAGAAGUACCCAAACAGUUUGAGGCUGAGGAUUUUCCAUCUUUGAACCCUGAAUAUGAGAGGGAACCAAACCAGAAUAAAUCUUUAGCUGCGGGUGUGUGGGAGUACCCUUUGAAUCCUAAAUCUAGAUCUCCAAGAAUGCUGGUCAUUAAAAAGGGCAGUACAAAAGAACUGCAGAUAUCUGGAUUCCCAGUAGUAGGAAGUCUUCAUUCACAGCCAGUAAGGAAUGGAACUGGCACAAGUGUUUAUAAAGGAUUAGUCCCUAAACCUGUCACUCCACCUGCAAAGCCUACACAGUGGAAAAGCCAAGCAAAAGAAAAUAAACUUGGGAAUCCGUUUCCUCAUGAAUCUGCAUAUGGCGUUGGCAAUUUUAGUCCUUUCAAAUCAACUGCCAAGGCAUUUACUGUAUCACAAAAUUCAGUGAAAGAGUGUAAUCGGUCAAAUUCUUCAUCCCCUGUUGACAAAGUUGGUCAGCCUCGUUUAACAAAAUUGACAAGAAUGCGGACUGAUAAGAAGAGUGAAUUUUUGAAAGCAUUGAAACGAGAUAGAGUGGAAGAGGAGCAUGAAGACGAGAAUCAUGCUGGGCAAGAGAAGGAGGAUGAGUCCUUUAACUUGCAUAACAGCAACAGCCCUCAUCAUGAGAGAGAUAUAAACCGAAACUUUGAAAAUGAAAUUCCGCAGGAGAAUGGAAAUGCUUCAAUUACAUCUCAACAGAUCAUUCGAUCUUCAGCUUUCCCUCAGGCAGAUAUUCUUUCAAGCUCACUUGAGGCAGAGCAUAGGUUGUUAAAGGAGAUGGGCUGGCAGGAAGACAGUGAAAAUGAUGAAACAUGUGCUCCACUAACAGAGGAUGAGAUGAGGGAGUUCCGAGUCAUUAGUGAACAGUUACAAAAAAAUGGCCUUCGGAAAAACGGCAUUUUGAAAAACGGCCUCAUCUGUGAUUUUAAAUUUAGCCCCUGGAAAAACAGCACUUUCAAACCUGCUCUGGAGAAUGAGGAUUCUGAGACGAGCAGCAGUGAUACAUCAGAUGAUGAUGAUGUGUGAAGACUUCUGCAACAUCUGUAGAAGCCCAUUUUGAUCUCAUGAAAAUUUGGGGAUGUGUUGUCCAAAAAAAAUUCCUAAUUUAUGUAGUAACAUACCCACUAGAGGAAGAAUGAUGGGACUUCUCUCUGAAGAAAGCAAGGAAUGUUGCGUUGGGUGUGUUGAACAUUACUAUAAUUUCUUUGUAAACGAAUGUUGUAGAAUGAAGACUUGGGUUGACCCACCAUUGACUUUCUUCAUCACUGAAGCAUUUCUGACUAGCAAUGUGGCAAUGUAACAAAUCAGACUUUCUCAUUUAAUAAUAAAAACAAAGAAUUGUGUAAUG